AUGAUUUUUGGAAUCUUGACAGUUUUCGGUAUUAUUUCCUUCACAAUAACCAGGAGAAUGAAUGCUUUGUGGCAUGACGGUUCUUGGGAUCCUUCUUGGGAUACAUGGUGGCACUACAAAGAAGGCGUAAUGGGAGGUCCGAGUCAUUGGGGACAGACAGCUUUCAUGGCCAUUGACAAUGACGUAUGGCCAGCUUGUUAUCAAGGGAAAAUGCAAUCUCCAAUCAGUAUCUCCACGAAACAUCUACUAUUUGAUCCUAAUUUAGUGCCAUUGAAAAUCUCAGGUUCAGAUAAGCAAAUUGAUGUGGAGGUAGUGAAUACAGGACAAGAUUUACAGGUGAAAAUCCUCGAUUCAAUAGCAUCAAUUGUAUUCAGUGAAGGACCAUUAGUAUAUAACUACAAAUUCUUUGGAGCUUUAAUCAAAUUUGGCUCAAGAUCAGAUCGUGGUUCAGAUCACCAAAUUGAUGGUAUUGCUUUUCCCGCUGAGCUACAACUGUAUGCAUUCAAUUUUAUUUUAUACCAAAACUUUUCUAACGCACUUUCAAAACCAAAUGGCUUAGCUGUAUUAUCUGUUCUUUUUAAAAUUGGUGAUCAAUCGUCAGCUGAUUUGGAAGCAUUACUAUCUACGGCAGAGCAGGUUCAAUUGAAAGGACAAUCUAAAAGGCUUCAUGGUUUGCUGUUGGAUGCUGUUUUACCGUCUACUAUGCAAUAUAUUACUUACCAAGGCUCUUUACCAUUUCCUGCCUGUUAUGAGACUGCAACAUGGAUUUUGCUUAAUCAACCGAUCGUAAUUACAGAAACUCAGCUAAAAUCUCUUCGUCAACUUCGAAUAGCGCCAUUUCGAGGAUCAGGCAGCAUGGCUGACAAUUACCGAACCAUUCAAAAAUUGAAUAAUCGAUCAGUUCGAACAAACAUUGAUUUUAGGAAGAGUCAACCCUUCUGUUCAAUACAAGCUCAGAGGACAUAUUUUGCAGCUUCAUUGCCAUAA